GAUCUUCCUGGAUUACAUGCUGUUUAUGCAAGAGUGAGUCGACGUCAUUGUUUACGGGUUACAAUCACCUGGGGAUUGCUUGGGCGGAGUAAUAUGAAGCUAGUUGCUGACGUCUGCUUGUCUUUGCAGACUGAUGCGGGAAUCCUCAAUUCAAUCGCGCAAAGCGGGCGAAAAGAACAUCUCCCCCAACAGUGUUCGAAAGGUGACUGAGAGAACCCUUCGGAAGUUUAAAGGAUAAGCUUGUGCACCGUGUGCGGUUCGGCCUUCUUCUCCGGGCUCCUGGAGAGCAUGUAUGAUGUUGCAAUGGCCUUGUAGUGACGGGAUUAUACUAUAACGAGAUGGCGUUGGACUUGGGGAGGAAUAUCCGUAGGCGGUUAACUUUUGCUCUGGGGUUUAUUUUCUUUUGCGCACCAUGCCUCCCCCACGGGACAAUGACCGAUGGGACUUGGUCAGACGAUGAUGGGAGGUGUGCGCGGCGUUACUUAGGAGUUGUUUGUGAUGAUACCCAACGAUCAUGUUGAUCUAAAGCAGCAGGGAUUCCCCCUGUUGAAUAUCAAAUCUGUAAUGCGUCUGAGACGCUCCUCC